CCUUAACGCCUACACUCUACACUGAAUGAGGAACUGCACAAAAUUUUUCCCCAAACCCCAACCUGCUAAGAAAUUACGCACAUUCCAUCAAAAUUAUCACUCUUUUCAUCUAUUCCUGUUGAGAAAAAUGAUUCACUCUUUAAUCACACCGGGAGCCCACGUGACCGCCCCGACCUCACGUGCCUGCCCCGCAGUAGGCCUUCUUCCCCGUCCCUCUCCGAGUUUUCCGGCCAUCCCCAGGCGGCAUAUCCGGCUGCCGGGUCUAAGGUUUUCCUCCUCGAGGGUUACGACUUGCAAGGCUGCUGCAUUUGACUUUAAAGGUGGCAAAGGAAUGAAGGGGUUCCAUGAAGUUGAACUUAAAGUUCGAGACUAUGAAUUGGAUCAAUAUGGUGUUGUAAAUAAUGCAAUUUAUGCAAGUUACUGCCAACAUGGUCGGCAUGAACUUUUGGACAGGAUUGGUGUAAAUGCAGAUGAAAUUGCCCGAGCUGGUGAUGCAUUAGCUUUGACAGAAUUGUCACUCAAGUUUCAUGCACCUUUGAGGAGUGGAGACAGGUUUGUUGUGAGGGUGAGGAUAUCCGAUUCUUCUGCUGUUCGGAUGUUCUUUGAACAUUUCAUCUUCAAGAUACCUAGCCUAGAGCCCAUUGUGGAGGCAAGAGCAACAGCAGUUUGGCUCGAUAAAAAGUACCGCCCCGUCCGCAUCCCUGCAGAUGUAAAGUCUAAGUUCGUUCAGUUUCUUCGCCAUGAAGAAGCAAACUGAUGCUUAUUUGUCGGGCUAACCCGGGAAGAAACUUCCUUAUUUUGAGCCGGCUCUUCCUAUUAUUUCCUUCUUUUUUCAGUCUGGUAAACAGAAAGCAGUGAAAACAUAAGCAAGACCAUUUUAGAUAGUGAAGGUGUAUCGAGAUAAAAAUAUCAUGUCAGGGUUGGUUAAAAGGAUUGAUACUUUCUUCAUUAAGAUAUAGAAAAUGCGUAGAACAGAGCGGCAACAAUUGCUCCUCUAUAAUCAUUGAUAUGCUCAUGUUGUUCCCAACUUUCUCUUGAUAAUUUUCUGAUCUGUGACUGUA